UCCCAAUCCCUCCUGUUUUCUUAUAAAUAGCCCUGUCGCGUUUUUAGUAGGCACAACAAAGAGAACAUGCAGCAGUCACAGAAGCCUUCCUCGCAUGAGCAAAGGAAAGAUGUCAAGGUGAAGAUUAUUGUGACGAAGAUGGUGCAUACUGACCCAACGGAUUUCAAGUCUGUGGUUCAAAGGCUAACGGGGAAGGAGUCAACGGCCGCGGAGGUGGUGGAGAGCCCUGCCGUCUCCGAGAGGAACGCUGAUGAGGUUGAGCAUCGUGGUGGAAGGGAGAGCAGGGAGUUUGAGGAUAUGUUGAUGAAGCUACCAUCAUUAGAUGAGCUGAAACAAUUGUGGGAUGAUUAAUUACCCCCUCAAUUUUUGCUCAAAAAACAAAAAUCACCACAAAAGUAUAUAUAUAUAUAUAUAUAUAUAUAUGUAUGACGGUCCUGGA